GUUUGUAUAAAAGUGUGUGCGAACUGAUGGGCUCUCAUCAUCUUCAGCAGCAGCUCGCGGAUCUUCACACUCUUCUGACUUUCUUCUUCUUCAUGUUCUUUGUGAAAAUGUCUCGUGUGUUUUCGGCGCUUCUGCUGGUGUGUGUGUGUGUGCGCGCGUGCAGUGUGUGUGUGAGCGCGAGCCGUGCCGAUUUACCGAGAGAUUUCGGAGUGAAACUUUGCGGUCGCGAGUUCAUCCGAGCCGUUAUCUUCACGUGCGGAGGAUCCCGGUGGAGAAGAGCAACAACACACAGCGGCGAGAUGUCUCUGGAGAGACGCGAUGAGUUCAGCGUGAGUGAAGAUGCGCCGCUUCUCUCAGACCUUCUGCGGCUACAGACUGACGCGCGCGUCGCGACGCUCUUCUCCUCGCGCCCGGAGCGGCGAAAGCGGAAUUUCUCGCUCGGACUGGCGGGAUUGUGCUGCAACCAGGGCUGUACGAAACACGACAUCGGGCGCCUGUGCUGAGUCCGCUCACACGCGAACUCUCUUCAAUUGUUUGUGUAUUUAUUUCAGCUCUUCCACUUGAACGCGUGAAUAAAUGUCAAUGUAUAAGAACACACGAAUAAGCG